UCUCAGAGAAGUGUGCCUCUGAAAGUGUGUGAGGGUCUUCAGUCAAUGUGGGGCUUUCUCCCCGUGUGGUCGCCGGUAGUCAGAGUAGGUGGGCCGCUGGAGGAGAUGCCGGGGGGUACGGAUUGUUAACGGGACGUUUAGUAACGCUGCGGUCUCUCCGGUCCCGUUGUUAUGGAGCAGCUACCUGGGAGCAUAGAUGAUCUACAGCCUCAGGACCUCUCCACUGCCAGCGUCCCCUCUGUGAUCGACCUGACAGGCGAGGAAUGUGUCCUCAACGCCGCGUCCCUCAAGACCCAAGGCUGGUAUGCGAAUUCUGCAGACAGCAACCAAGGAUUGCCCUUCUCAGCGACCGGCUCCCCGGACGUUGCGCUCCAGUCAGGGGAACACAUUCAACCAGACGAUGCCUUCUCUCGCACUACAGUCACCCUCUCCUACGUGAGCAGGUCUCACGUAUUCUCCAGUCAAGACUCUCUGUCUCGUCUGCCCAUUGGCAGCUUCUCCCACCACCCGUCAUGUGACUCGGAUAAAGGGCCCGGGGAGACAGGAUUUUCACUGGCCCAGCAUUACUUGGAACAGGAUGAGGGGCCAGUGGACCUCGGCAUUCAGCCAGAACUUUUGCAGUCGUUAUCUCAGGCUCCGACAGGACCAGAGAAGGAUGGGGGAGCAUGUCUGACACAGGAGCCUAGUGAGUUUAACGGUGGAGUGGUUUCCAGUGAUGGGAACGUGGAUGAGCUGUUGAAAAGGAGGCAAGAAGAAGUGGAACACAGUAGGGGUUUGGACAAUGGUCAAGAUAAUAGUUCAGUAGCCUGUGCAGAAUCCUCACCAGAGACUCUCACCCCUGCAACAGUAGAUGAUCCGGAGAAGGGCACGUCUGAGUUAAUCUUACUCAUGACUAAAAACCAGGACCCGGUGGUUGUCCUGAAAAGCGUGGCUGCUAGAGACCUGUGUUCCCUGAGCAGGGAGUACAUCAGUCCUCUGGAGGACCCUGUCUCCCCCUCCGCUACCUCACUGGACGAUGUGGAGGAUGUCUUCAUCCUUCCUCAGGCCUCCAACUCGCCCAGCGGUGACAACUCCAAUCUAGAGGCAGCAGAGGAGGUUGCAUGGGAUGUCUCUAGAACAGAAAGGGCCAUUCAGGAAGGCUCUGAUAUCACAAGGUUGGAUUCAAUCGAUGAAAAUAAGCAUCCAGUCCACGGACUAAAGUCAGCGAUAGAGCCUAUUAUUGACUUGACAGAUGAUGUUUGUGUGGCCAGUGUUUUAGAGGACAAACCCAAGACUGUUAUUCCCCACAUGAAUGGGAAUGCAAAGCCCCAAGAGAGAACUUUAACAGAAAAAAAACUGCCGUGGCGUUCCAGCAGAGGGACACGACUGGAUGCUAUAGUUAUGAACAUCAAUUCAAGCAGGUAUAAAGUAUCAGGAUGCAUUCGCACCAAUAAGAAAGCCCGUGCUUCCCAACCAACAGCUAGUGUUUCUAACUUAGCAGAGACUAAAAGUAAAAACACCCUGCCAGUAGGAAAAAGGAAAAGCAGAGCGAAGUCAUCUUUCUCUGUGAAAACAGUAAAACAAAAAGCCGAAACUCCAGUGAAAAGGCUUCAAACUAAUAACAUUAAAGCUGACUCUACCUCUGACUCUAAAUUGCUCAGCAUUUCUAAAAAGUCACAUAGCAGCACACCUCAAAAAAGUCCUCAGCUUGCUGUGCACAAGAGGUCAAGGGAAGAGCCAAAGGAUGUUUCACUCCCUGUAUGUUCUCCACAGACCAGCCCCAAGCAGGCAAGGAGGAGACGUUCAUCACAGUCCACUCCUCAGUCUGCUGCUCACAAGAACUCUAAGAAGGAGACAGAGCCUCUGUCUCGCCCCAACCCCUCAGUGGAAAUUCAGGUGGCAAGAAUUUCCCCACCACCAUCGACGUCUCCAAAGAAAAGUCCAGGCAAAGCCAAAGCCAAGGCUGCAGGUAGCAAAUCUCCUCCCACUGCCAAGACGAAGGCCAAGAGGAGGCGAAAGAAACUCAUGAGCAGUCAGUCUUUGUCCAUGUUCUCCCCCAAGGAGCCGGAGAUCAAGUUGAAGUACGUCAACUUCAAGGAGGAGAAAAGGGAGCUGAGGUCCGACAGUUUCUCUCCGUUCAUCCGCACGGACCGUCGGCAGCCAUCGCCUUCACUGUGUUCUGUAAUCAACUACCAGGAGGAGGUGAGGGCACAAUGCAAGAAGGGUCAGCAGCAGCAGGCUCGGGACCCCGGUGACUUCCUCUCUGCAGUUGUACCCAGUACGUCUUGUCUCCAGCUGGGCCGGGUCGCCACACACAGCCAGCACCAGCGCUCUCUUGUGUGCUGCCUGUGUGGGAAAGCAGCCAACGCCAUGGACCUGGGGGACCUCCACGGCCCUUACUACCCCGAGGGGUACCAGCCGAGCACCAAAAGACCAGCCAGCAUAUCGCAGCUCAAAGAGGAGGAGGACGGUUUCAGCGAUUCAGACUCCUCAACCUGCAGUGGCAGAGGCAGGAGGAGGAAGUGUGCUGUUCCGCCCACACAGUGGUCCUUCAGGCCGGGAGGUCAGCCCCAACAGAAGGGCCUCCUGGAGAGCCGCCGGUGGACCAAUAACGGCACGGACAGCCCCGCAGCUAAGCGGGCUCGCUCAGACGCCAGCACUGCAGAGGUGGAGGACUGGUACAGCCCCCCUGUGCUGCCCCUGGAGCCCUGUGAGUACUGGCUCCAUGAAGACUGCGGCAUCUGGUCAGCAGGCGUGUUCCUCGUGAAGGGCAAAAUCUACGGACUGGAGGAGGCUGUCAAGACGGCACAAGAGAUGAUGUGCUCAGCGUGUGCUGAUCAAGGUGCGACUCUGGGCUGCUUCUUCAAAGGUUGUCCCAACAAGUACCACUACAGAUGUGCUCUGGAGUCAGAGUGUGUACUCCUUGAAGAAAACUUCUCCAUGAAGUGUAAGAAGCACAAGGACAAGACGUUCAAAGGUCCUGCAGGGAACAGACGCAACAACAGGUGACGACGUUGGUGUGAAACUCAUGAGACGUUUCCCUGCAGCGUCGGCUGGUAACCGCGGCAACAGUGGACCAGGCUUCUUCUGAACGACAGCUAGUACCCAUAAACCUUAACUUCCCCCUGUGCCCCUCAUCCAGCUGUUCAACCUGACAUCAGCGACUGGAGGAGCUCAGUCACAGAGCGGCCUCAACACCUGACAACAGAAAAAUCCUCCUCGCUUCAUUUAAAGUAACAGGCUGAAUUUGUGGAGUUAUUUAUUGAGGGUUUUUUUUUCAUUUUUCAUGGAUUAAAUGGAAAAUAAUCAGAUAUUUAAUUUUUUUAAAGAUUUUCUAAGUAUUUGACUAUAUUUGGUUUAUUUAUUCCUGAAGUUUCUUAUUGGCUUCUUUAGCAGUUGUCAAGAAUGUUUGACUGUUUCUUUAUCUUUUCGUAAGUUAUUGAUGAAACUGUUCAAUAUUGAAAUGUCAAUCUAGUCAAGGAGACACAGGUUUUAUGAACCGAUGGGACAGAAAAAAGGGCUGGACGGUCCAUUCUAAGGACCCUCUCCCAGAACUAAGGUACCUGAACGGACGCUGUUUUUUUGGGACUCACACAUGGCAUUACUUUUUGUUUCGCAAAGUCCAGUUCGCUCAGAUGACACAUGGCAAUUAACAAUGAGCCCAGUUGAUGUUGCGGAGGAAAGGGAGCAGUGUAUGUUUGAAUGUAUUCUCUCGGUGUGGGGGCUUUCUGCAGGAUGCACUUUGGAAGAGGCACUUGGUCCUCUGCUCCGGCUGCAGGGUUUCUCUCUUGGCCUGACACACAAACACACACACACACACGUUGAUAAGCAGAGCAGUAAAAUUGGAUUAAUUAAAAGCAGAUUGGAUUGAAUCAGUAUGAUAUAAACUGCAACGUGUUAAAAUUUCCCCCGCUGUGCAUUUUUACAAGUCACAAUUAAUAACCUGAUUAAUAAAUAAAACACAGUUCAUACAUUUGAUCAAAUCCAUUUUUGUAAACAUGUAUCACCACCUGUGAAUACGUGAUGCUCUUGUUAUCGUAUCUAUUUGAAUCAAAUCUGCUUUAAAAUAAUCAAAUCACUUUAUUUGUCAAUAUUCCUUUCGAUUCAUGUCAAUUUUCUUCUCCAUUUUUGGUUCCUCCCCCUCCCAGAUGACAUGUGAUUUUAUAUAAAUAUAUAUGUUUUGGCCUAAAGCACUUUGGCUUCUCAUGUCACACUGAGGGCAAUGAAAUGUUCCCGUGAUCAGUUCAUCUGGGCCGUCCUGACAACAGUACUUCAUUUUGAAUCAUAUAACGGGACAAUAAAUAUGUUUUUCACCUUCCCGUGAUGAGACGCCCUUUGCUGUCGUUCAUCGGCUGUUUUAUUUGGGUUUGUCCUCUGUCGGAUCUGCAAUCUUUUUUUCAAUACGUUUGAUUUUCAUUACUGUUCUGUUCUCGGCUUCACUAGUGUCCCUGAGGUUUAAAGCAGAUGUAUGUUCGCAGAUGUAUCACUGGCAUGGAGAAUUCUUGGUUUACAUCAAUGUUAAUUUCUGUAGCAGUGGCCAUGCUGGUGAUUUCAGCUCUGAUGUGUGAUUUUCUUUUUUUCUGGACCUGCAAGACCUGACUGGUGCGUUUCCUGCAGAACCUAUCUGAAAAAAGCCUUAUCUGAUGUGCAAGAGUUGGUCUUUCCUUCUUCUCGCUCUCUUUUUGUGCAAAGACAAAUCAGGGGAUGUACGUCCCCUUCCUUAAAACAUCCUGAUAAAGGCAGCUGUCAAUCAUUUAUGUGCUGCAGACUUUGUUAUUGUUGUAAGUGCAUGUCAGGCAAAUUCCUGAUGAACCCACAGGUACGCACGGACUCUCUGGGACGGGUGUGAACAUUGGACUGGAUCAGUUCCAGGCAUAUUGUUCAGGUCAUGGCUUUGGCUGCUCAGUGUGUAUUUAGAGAAAAGUCUGUGUGAUCAGUGUUGGUGUAAAGUCUCUGUUGUACUCUUCAAUACUGCCACUUGGGGCAGCGUUGUGUAUGAGAUCACUACAGUGUCCCACCAGCAGUAGCAGGUCACACUCAAACCUUCAUCUCUGUCCUGGAACCCCUUCUCUCCCAUGUGUGCCAUUAUCAAUUCAUUAUUAUUAAUUUAUGUUCCUUUUGUUUUGUUUUUUUUGUCGAGAGCCUGACAUUUUCUCUGCAUUUGUUGAUUGUUCCAAAUGGUUGUUUGCUUCAUACCAAAUACAGAUUUUGGAAUAUGUAUUGUUGUUAUGAUCUGUUUGUGAUAUUUUGUCCAUGUUUUAAUCUCAGGGCUGAUUGUCAGAUAUUCUAUUCUUUCUGUUUCUGUGUCGACUCCACAUUGACUGGAGCGGUGAUACAUGCAGCAGGAUGUGGUUCAUCUCCUCCAAUGCAGGCGUCUCUGUCCUGGCACACACCACCCAUCACAUUCCAACACCUCCAUGUGUCUGUCAGUGCUGCCAAGAUUUUAGGCGUUCCCUUGGGACUAGUUUGCCAACUCGUGUCACUUUUGUUUUUUUUAUUAUUUUACGGUAACUUUUUGUACUGUCUCAUUCACCUCUUGGAGUAUCAGAGGUCAUGUAAUUGUCAAAAAUAAAUAUUUUGCUCAA